AAUGAGUGUUCAAGUAACUCUGAUAACUGCCAUAUCAAUGCAAUAUGUCACAAUAUCAUUGGGUCCUACACAUGUACCUGCAAACCUGGAUAUAAAGGAGAUGGACAAACCUGUACUGGUAAGAUAAAAUUAACUGUAUAAUGUAUUAUAAAAUUCUUGAUAUUGAGCAAAAAAUCACCAUUAAUUUUGUCUGCACUGAACAGUCCGAACGGAGGUUUGGGGUUCUUUGAGGCGUGCAGUCAAUUUAUCUUGGAUUAUUUGUGUCUGUAAUAAUUAUAUAGUUCUUCUAAGUAUUAAAAUCGUUACAUAGCUCCAAGCUGACAACUAACUAAUAACAUUCCUUAAAUAUUUAUGGUGUUCAAGGUUUUGAAGUGUUCAUACUAAAAGGAAUUGAAAAAGAGAGUAGUUAGAUUACUGUUAUAAAUUAAAUGCAGACAUCUCGGGGCUAAUCCCUUCUUGAGUGCAACGAGCGAUAACGUUUGUGUAUGGCCUUUUAAUUAAUCAUGAUGUUGAUGGCAAUUACAAACUGAUUUCUCCAGGAUGUCAGCCCGUAGGCGUAGCAGACUCGAUCAAGAUUCCAAAUGCUCAAAUGACGGCCAGCAGCUACUAUAGCUCAAGUUAUUACCCAUACUACGGUCGACUUAAUGAAGCGCGAGGUUCAGGAGGAUGGUGCCCUAGAACCCGACAAGGUCCCAGAACAGAUUAUCUUCAAGUUGACUUGGCUACGAUUCAGUCUGUCUGUGCUGUAGCAACGCAAGGAACUAAAGCUAGUGAGUGGACAACAAGCUACGUUUUACGCAUGUCCAUAGAUGGAAUCAUUUGGAACCCCUACAAAGAGAACAAUGCAGAGAAGGUUAGACAAAGGAUCAUGAAUACCUACCGUUUUAUUUUUAUACUGUUCACUCCUUGUUCUCUUGACGCAAACUGGCUGGAAAGAGAAAAUAUACAUGCUCUAAAUCAUGUAUUCAUCAAAUAAAGGUAAGAGGAUAAAAUCAAGGAGAAGACCAGAGUGCGAGAAGUCGUGACUAAAAACGUUUGACAAUAGCAGUUUUGACAUUAUUCGGCUUUCGUGUUUGUGAUUCAUGUCUGUGAAACCAUUUUUUAGCUAUACUAAUUCACUUUUUAAUUUCCAGGUGUUCCAAGGAAACUCAGAUCAAAAUACGAUCGUGAAGCACUCCCUUCCUACUGCCGUGAAAACCCGAUUUGUUCGCUUUUAUUACGUCACCUAUCACAACUGGCCUGCCAUAAGAGUUGAAAUAUAUGUUUAA